AAAUAAAACUUUCUACAAUCUACACGCCGUACGCGUUACACUAUCUCUCGAAGCAACCUCUAAAUUAAACUUUCAUUCUCUAUUAAAUAAUAAUUCAUUCCCUUUUUCUUCAUCAUCUACAUCAAAUCUGCUUCAAUGGAGCCUCCAAAUCCCCAGCAAUUCCAGCAAUUUCUCAGCAGUGUUCUGUCUCAGCGUGGUCCAGCUGCACUUCCUUAUGCUGAAGAUGUGAAAUGGCUGAUUCGUCAACAUCUCCUUUCUUUAAUCGAUAUGUAUCCUUCACUUCAGCCGAAAACUGCUUCAUUUACUCAUAAUGAUGGAAGGACUGUGAAUCUAUUGCAAGCUGUAGGUACUGUUCCGAUGGUUUAUCUAGAUCGUACGUAUAAUAUUCCGGUGAUUAUUUGGUUGAUGGAAUCUUACCCACGUCAUCCGCCGUUGGUUUUUGUGAAUCCGACUAGGGAUAUGGUUAUUAAGAAACCUCAUCCGUUUGUGAAUCCAUCUGGGAUUGUGUCGAUUCCGUAUUUGCAGAAUUGGAUAUACCCUAGUUCGAAUCUUGUUGAAUUGGUUCGUAAUUUGAGUCAUUUUUUUGGAAGGGAUCCUCCGCUUUAUGCCAAAGUACAAGCACAUCCAUCAAACCCUAACCCUAGUCCUAGGCCUACCCCUACCCCUAACCCUCAUCCUCCGCCAAGUACGAGUUUUCCUAAUCACAGCUCGCCAGUCGGGUCAUAUGGGAUUCGGCCUGCGAUACCUCCUCGGCCAGUUCAACAACCACCUUAUGGUGCAGUGAAACAUGAUGAUCCGGAGGAGGUUUUUAAGCGGAACGCGACAGAUAAGCUGCUUGUUGACUUGCAUAAUGAUAUAGUUGGGUUGAGGAAUGCACAGGAGAAGGAUAUGGAUGGGUUGUUUAAUGCUCAGGGAGUGUUGAAGCAGCGGGAGGAGCAGUUGAAACAAGGGUUAAAGGAAAUGCAGGAUGAGAAAGAGGGGUUGGAGCAGCAAUUACAGAUGGUUUUGAUGAAUAGUGAUGUAUUAGAGGGAUGGCUGAGGGAGAAUGAGGGGAAAGCGACCAAUUUAGGGAAUGUGGAUGUGGAUACGGCCUUUGAGCCGUGUGAUAGUCUUUCCAAGCAGAUGCUGGAUUGCACGGCAUCAGAUUUGGCGUUAGAGGAUGUGAUUUAUUCGUUGGACAAAGCUAUACAAGGCGGGGCAAUACCAUUUGACCAGUACUUGAGGAACAUCAGGUUGUUGUCCCGCGAACAAUUCUUUCAUCGUGCUACAGCAUCAAAAGUUAGGGCUGCUCAGAUGCAGGCUCAAGUUGCUAAUAUGGCUGCUAGAACAUCACAAUAUGCAUUGUGAUAGACAUCUGAUCACUUGCAGGCAUUUUGAUCUAGAAGACUUGAGAUCAAGUCAUGCUCGUCGCUAUUGUUUGUUCAGGCGCAAUAGCCUGGGAUGCUCUCCAGACAUUAUCUUGAAGUGAAGUCUCGAGUUCUUCAUUUACUGUUGACACUAGCUGCAAACUGAGUAAAAUCAUUGGAUACUUUUGACACUAGCUGUAAAUUGAGUAGAAAAAUUAUGAGACAUGGAACUUGUUUUGCUUAUUGAUUGUUUGAUGACACUCCCUCUUUUGCUGUCAUACUAAAUAGUCAUUAUCCAGGUGAAACAUGUAACUUAUGACUGUCGUUGCUUAACGACUGCCUGUUUAUGCCAGUUUGACAAUAUGAUUUUUUAA